AUGACCUUACUCACUAUACACAUGAGUUCCUCCGCCAGAUGGGGCCUCUAUCUCGCUGUCGAUCUCGGGGGCACGAACUUCCGUGUUUGCUCGGUCCAGCUGAAUGGCGAUACGACAUUUAAUCUUACCUUCAAUAAGGUGGCAAUUCCUAAGGAGUUGAUGGUCGCUAAGACUGCUCGUGAGCUAUUCUCCUUCUUGGCCGAUCAGAUUGAAGAGUUCCUCAGAGCCCACCACGAGGAACACUUCGUAGAGACGAAGAAACAGAUGACCGGCCCCUCUAGCGCCAGAGACCCAUUUCGCCUGGGCUUCACGUUCAGUUUUCCUGUAAACCAAGUGGGGAUUAACAAGGGUAAGCUUAUACGGUGGACAAAGGGCUUCGACAUCCCCGAUGCUAUCGGUGAGGACGUUUGUGGCCUUCUUCAAGAGGCAAUAGACCGGCUUGGACUCCCCGUAAAAGUGGCAGCUCUUGUCAACGACACUGUUGGGACGUUGAUGGCGCGUGCCUACACCUCAACAGAAGGAUCUCAACCGAUCCUCGGCGCAAUUUUCGGCACUGGAACCAACGGGGCGUAUUUAGAAAAGCUUUCUAAGAUCAGAAAACCCUUAGAUGGUACCUAUGACAAAUCCACGGGCGAGAUGGUUAUCAACACAGAAUGGGGAUCAUUUGAUAAUCAGUUGAAUGUCCUCCCUACCACGCGAUGGGAUGCUGCUCUUGAUGAGUCCACAGUCAAUCGGGGCGUGCAAAAAUUUGAGAAGAGAGUCUCUGGAAUGUUCCUAGGCGAAAUCGUGCGCCUGGCUACUUUGGACAUGAUGAAAGAUGAAUCCGUCUCACUUUUCCGAGAUGCUAACUCAAGUUUCAACGACUGGAAAUCAACCACCAAUGUCAGCCCGCAGUCUGGCCUUCUCAAGCCAUGGGGACUUGAUAGCUCCAUAAUGUCAGUGGCAGCUGCCGACAAUACCCCUGAGUUGUCGACGCUCCGACAGGAACUUGAAAGCGCUCUGGACAUCUUUGCGCCAUCUCUCGAGGAUGCUCAAUCCUUCAAAGCAGUUGCAAAUGCAGUAGGGCGACGAGCUGCGAGAUUAUCUGCGGUAGCAAUUGCUGCUAUCGUACUGCAAUCUGGGAAGCUAGAUGGCCCUGACAAGGAAGUUGUCGAUAUUGGUGUGGACGGGAGUCUGGUAGAGCAUUACCCCUUCUUCCGAGACAUGAUUUACGAAGCUUUGAAAGCUAUUGAUGGUAUCGGCCCUGAGGGCGCAGAACGGAUUAGAAUAGGCAUCGCUAAGGACGGUAGCGGAGUUGGCGCAGCUCUCAUCGCGUUGGUGGCAGCUAAGAUGGAAAGCGAGACUGACUUUGAGUACAAAGCAAAGGCAGAGACAAGCUGGUUUGAGUAG